UAAAGUGACGGUUUUCCCUUUAUAAGAAGUGGGCAAAGUUGGACAUGCACUAUGCUGAAACCCAGGGGAAGAGAACAGACUGACAGAGAGAACACAGGUUUAUUUAUAGGGGAGAGAGAGAAAGAGAGUGGCAACCUGAUUUACUAGGAUACACUGAUCUCUUAGGCAAAGCCACAGUUGGGAGAUACUGAUAGAAGGAGAAACAGAAGACCGAGUGUGCAAAGACAGAGGAAGAGAAAAAGAUCCUACACUGUCUGGCUGUGGCCUUUUGAGUUUACCUGUUUUAAAUUCCUUCACAUUUCCUUCAGAAGGUCAUCUGGACAUCUGGAUCACACCGGCCUUCCCAACAAUGUCAGGAAAUGCCACCAUCCCUGACAACUCUGAAAGCCUCCAGAGCAUCUCCUUCAUCAUCGGCACCUUCAUCCUGGUCAUGGUCUUCCUCCUGGGCGUCCCGGGAAACCUCUUCAUCAUCUGGAGCAUCCUGGCCCGCGCCCAUAAGCGCUCCGUCACCACCCUGCUGAUCCUGAACCUGGCCUGCGCUGACGGCACCAUCAUGUGCCUCACCGUGUUCUUCUUGGUCUACCUGGCCCAGCAGUCAUGGGUGUUCGGCCAAGUGAUGUGCAAGCUGCUCUUCUACCUCUGCAACACCAACAUGUACGCCUCCAUCAUGCUGAUCAUGCUGAUGAGCCUGAACAGGUUGGUGGCCGUGCGGUGGCCCCACCACAUCCACUCCCUCACCCGCCGGAGGAUUGUCCUGGCCGUCCUUGCGGCAAUGUGGCUGCUGGUCUUCAUUCUGGCUCUGCCGGCUUUAAUCUUCAGGAAUGAACAAAGGAUCAAUAAACAGCGCUUGAUCUGUGAACACAACCAUACGGCUCCCAGAUAUGUGGUGUUCCACUUUACCACAGAGACGGUCAUCAGCUUCCUGCUUCCGUAUGGAAUAAUUCUGAGCAGCUACAUCUGUAUCCUCCGACGCCUCAGACAGACCAGGUUCAGGAGGAGAGUCCGCAGAGAGAAACUGAUCCUCGCCAUCGUGGUCACCUUCGCUGUGUUCUGGCUGCCCUACCAUGUUAUUAACGUUAUACAGGUGGUGGCUGCGUGUGCACCGCAGCAAUCUCAGCUCAAGAAGUUGCUGGAUAAAAUCUGGCAGUCCAGCCGUCCGGUGACCUCCGCCUUGGCCUUCAUCAGCAGCAGUGCUAACCCUGUGCUCUACACGUUCGCUGGACGUUCCUACAUCAAAGCCGACGGCCUGGCCUUUAUGGCUCGGCUCUUUGAGGGCACAGCUUUGGACUCUAAUGGCAGGAAGUCUGAGCGUGGCGGUCCAGAGCGAUUGGCUCUGGGGCUGAAAAACUCAGAAACUACAAACUACAGUAACCAAAACAUAAAGAACAGUGCAGGGACAGCGUUGGGGUCACUGGAACAUCCAAAAUCAACUGCAGGACCAAGGCAGCAAACAAAGGGAAAAUAAAAUCCACAUUGUUGGGAGCUCACCGAAAUAUAGCCUAACGUUAUAUACGUUAGGAUCCUAUAGGAACUUUCUCUAUGAGAAAAAUGAAUCACUGCCCUGAGGUUAACAACACUGCACUCUCAAAAAUAAAGGUACUAAACAGUC